CUUUGCCGCACCUUCGCGUCCUCGCCAGGUCCCGCCGCAGCCGAGCACCCGGCCCCGACCCCGGCACCAUGAGCUUCGGAUCGGAGCACUACUUGUGCUCCGCCUCCUCCUACCGCAAGGUGUUCGGGGACGGCUCGCGCCUGUCCGCGCGCCUGUCCGGGCCCGGAGGCUCCGGCAGCUUCCGCUCGCAGUCGCUGUCCCGCAGCAAUGUGGCCUCCACGGCCGCCUGCUCCUCGGCCUCGUCUCUUGGCCUGGGCCUGGCCUACCGCCGCCUACCGGCCUCCGACGGGCUGGACCUGAGCCAAGCGGCGGCGCGCACCAACGAGUACAAGAUCAUCCGCACUAACGAGAAGGAGCAGCUGCAGGGCCUCAACGAUCGCUUCGCGGUGUUCAUCGAGAAGGUGCACCAGCUGGAGACGCAGAACCGUGCGCUCGAGGCCGAGCUGGCUGCGCUGCGCCAGCGCCACGCCGAGCCGUCGCGCGUCGGCGAGCUCUUCCAGCGCGAGCUGCGCGAGCUGCGCGCGCAGCUGGAGGAGGCGAGCUCGGCGCGCGCGCAGGCCCUGCUGGAGCGCGACGGGCUGGCCGAGGAGGUGCAGCGAUUGCGGGCGCGCUGCGAGGAGGAGAGCCGCGGGCGUGAAGGCGCCGAGCGCGCCCUGAAGGCGCAGCAGCGCGACGUGGACGGCGCCACUCUGGCCCGCCUGGAUCUGGAGAAGAAAGUGGAGUCGCUGCUGGACGAGCUGGCCUUCGUGCGCCAGGUGCACGACGAGGAGGUGGCCGAGCUCCUGGCCACGCUGCAGGCGUCUUCGCAAGCCGCCGCCGAGGUGGACGUGGCUGUGGCUAAGCCAGACCUGACUUCAGCGCUGAGAGAGAUCCGCGCCCAGUAUGAGUCCCUGGCCGCUAAGAACCUGCAGUCAGCCGAGGAGUGGUACAAGUCCAAGUUCGCCAACCUGAACGAGCAGGCUGCGCGCAGCACCGAAGCCAUCCGAGCCAGCCGAGAGGAGAUCCACGAGUACCGGCGCCAGCUCCAGGCACGUACCAUUGAGAUAGAGGGCCUGCGCGGAGCCAAUGAGUCCCUGGAGAGGCAGAUCCUGGAACUGGAGGAGCGGCACAGUGCUGAGGUGGCCGGCUACCAGGACAGCAUUGGGCAACUGGAGAGUGACCUGAGGAACACGAAGAGUGAGAUGGCCCGCCACCUUCGGGAAUACCAGGACUUGCUCAAUGUCAAAAUGGCCCUUGACAUUGAGAUAGCAGCUUACAGGAAACUGCUGGAAGGUGAAGAGACACGAUUUAGCACCAGCGGAUUAAGCAUCUCAGGGCUGAAUCCACUUCCCAAUCCCAGUUAUUUGCUCCCUCCUAGAAUCCUUAGUUCUACAACCUCCAAAGUCUCGGCCACUGGGCUGUCCCUGAAAAAGGAGGAAGAAGAGGAGGAAGAAGGGGCUUCUAAGGAAGUCUCUAAGAAAACAUCCAAGAUAGGGGAAAGUUUUGAAGAAACACUGGAGGAAACGGUAAUAUCUACAAAGAAAACCGAAAAGUCAACUAUAGAAGAAAGCACCAUUUCAAGCCAAAAAAUGUAAUGCCAUUGCUUAAAAAAAAAAAAAGUUGAUGCCUAAGAGGGAAUGCACUUGGCUUAUUCACAGCUCACUCCUGACCCACACUUCCACCGCUGUAGAAUGUCUUCAAGGCUUCCAUGUCAUAGUCAGUACCGAAUCCUCACUUUCUCGGUAGGAAGACCACUGUAGAAGGGAGCCAGCCGCAGUCCUGGAGCAGAGGAGGAGUUCUCUAAGACACAGCUUUCUCACCCACAGCUCAGGCUUCAUAGUGACAGGUGACUCAUGUGCAGAGGAAGUUCACAUGAAGGUGCUGAAUCUGGUCGCCACUCGCUGUGAGCUGAAAGCGAAACCUAUGUUUAUCCACUGUACCCAGCCAUAGAACCUUACUGUAGAUGCCCAAAAACAUACAGUCACUGCCAAGGACAAGCUAGUGCUCCAGACACCAUUGCCCCCUCCCCCCUCUGAUAGAGCCGAGUCACAAGCGAUAGGCGUCUCUCACAGGCACAUUUCUUCCACUCUCUUCAAUCCCAUAAUUCCUUUUCUCCCACCCAAGAGGAAGGAAGGAAGUUUAGUGUAGUGUCCCCUUCUAAACACGCAUAGAACGUAUACCCUUUAGCUCUUCUUCACUCGUGAGUAAAAUUAGAUGCAUGUUGACCAUCCCUGUGAUUUGUAUAACUCGCCCCUGCCCAUUUCAUGUCCUUUCACAUCUGUAGCUUAAGAAAAGAAAAAUAUUAAUGAUAACGGCAGUGAUUAGUUUUAAGGAUUUUAAGGAUUUUCCUAAAAAAAUAAACAUAAAAGGGAUCCCUAGGCUUUAGGCUUUCAGCUUGUCCAGAUCCACUUAAUUAGAAGGGGAAAAAUACCUUAAAUGAUGUAGCGUUCCACUUUAACUUCAGAAGCGCGGUGGUAGUUACCAAUGCUGUGCUUAAGCUGACCUUAGACCUCGUAGUGUAAGCAGAGGAAGUGAGUACUCUCUGAAGGGAAAGAACAAGGUCUCCUCUGUGUUGGUUUUCGUGUAGUGACGUAGACUUAGCUUUCUCAUACCCUUGCCCUAGAACCUACAGUCCCCUUUCCAUUAGGAUAGGUCCUCAAGAGGCCUUGCUUUUUUAAGUAUGCUACAUAUAGGACAUUUUAUCAACAGACACAAUGCUACUGCCCAAAAGUGAAAAAAUAAAAAUAAACACUUCUGGUCAAUCAACACCACCAGCAAAUAUUUAAAAAAAAAAAAAAAAAAGUAAAGAAAGAAAUCUUUUCUCAGAGUCUUUCCCCAACAGGGUUACAUUGCUUCAAUUGGUGGGUGUCCCUCCCCUGAAGGAAAGGCAGAAACAUCCAGGAGGGGUAUGCACACUUCUCCCCCCCUCACAGAGGCAGGCUGAAAGGUCAGCUCUUUGUGCACCGAACUGUGGCAUCCACAUGACCUGUCUGCCUCAUGUCUGCUCACUUCCACCAGAGCUGUAGAACUGUCUGUCCUGUCCCCGCCCACUCCAGUGCAAGCUGUGCUGAUAAGGACAUGAUGCUUCUUUUGAACUCACAUUCUAGCACGUGCUUCAAUAGCUCAAGGAACUGAAAAGACACUUUGCUUUUCCUGACCCAUACCCUUUUCCCUCCUAUACUUACUGUAAGACAUUAGUAAUAUAAGAAAUUAAAAGUCAUUAAUCCUA